UAAAAUCAGAUUAAUACUAAAAAGGGAUGGGUUUACAAGAUUAAAAUGUUUAAUUAUGAGAAUUUCCUUUUCUUUUCAAUACUUAAAAAAAAAAAAAAAAAACGAAACGGGUCCCAAAACCUUAACCAGGGGAAGAAAGAAAUUAGAAGAUUUCUUCAGAUUUAAGAGAGAAUCGGAGGAGAAAUCCAAGGAAAAAGGAAGCCAUGGACGACCAAGAGUUUCGUAGUCUCCUCGAUCUCUUCCCCGUCGUACGCUCUCGCGACCACCGUACUGAUUUAGAUUCUUCAAAGCAAUCAACUUCACAGUCAGUUGUGGACCGAGAGUUAAGUGAAUGGCACGAUGCACCGACUGUAGCUGAGCCGAAAGACUUGCAAUAUCGAAAUACUGAUCAAGAUAAAUUUUGGGAAAAGCUGAAAGCGGCUGCUGAGAAGAAGGUUGGUGAGGUUGAAGCAGAGAGGUUCUGCAAGGCUUUCGAGAAACUCCACAAGAAACUUGUGUAUGAAGAAUUGGAUCCAGAAGCUGCAAAGCGAUAUUUACUAAACUCUUAAAUUUGUGUCUUCUAUACAAUGUGCUUCCAAAAGUUUGUUCAUGUGGAGACACUUCAAGUCUUCUUUAUCGUAAUUAUGAAUUUAUGAGUGAGCAAAAAUUAUCUUCUCGUGUUCGUCUAGUUAUGAUUUCAAGUCUAAAGUCUUUCUCAAAUUCUCCAUAUUUAAUCGAAAUUGCAACUGAUUUUGUUAUCUAUAAAUGUUAAAUUUCUUUUUUUUU